AUGGAUGAUUAUUCAGAAACUAGUUCAGAAAAAGAUUGUGGCAAGGUGUUUUUAAUUCGAGAUAUAAUUGAAUUCAUUCGAAAAAACCAUUCUUUUCAAUGCAAAUCGGUUAUAUCUGUUAAAUGUAGGAAAGAAAUAUUUGAUUUCAUACAACAAAAAUGCGGUGGUUGUAAAUGGGAUAGUAAUUAUAUUUCAUUACUAAACAAUGAAAUUGUAAAUUUUUCAUUAGUAUUAUCAAGAAAGCUUUUGAAAUGUAAUAGGAAACUUGAUAAAUUUUAUACCAUUCAUAAUGCGUGGCUUAAUACUAAAUUUGAAAUGCCUCAUUUAAAACCUAAGUCUUUAAUACCAAAAGCUGCUAAUUUUGGUCGUACACCUAAAACAUUUACCGAGUCAUCUGAACGAACUAAACGUCGAAAAAUGACUAAUUCGAUUGAGUCUUCGAAUAUGACUUCCCCAGAAAUAAUAUACGCCUCAAAUAGAAAAAUGCAACAGAGUGGACAAAGAAGUGUCGUCCGACUUUUUAAAAAUGCUACAAUGUCACCUAAUAGAAUUUUUAAAAUUAAAAAUUCGAUUAAAAAAUCAAAAUUAACUGAAAUUAUUCCAUUUACUGCUGACGAAGCUUUGGCUUUUUUUGUUGAAAAUGAUUUAACGAAACAGCAAUACAUAAAUAUUAGGUUGUCUGCCAAAAACCGAAAUGCUAAUAUUUAUCCACCAUAUUCUUCAAUUUUAAAAGAAAAAAAACUAUGUUAUCCAGACAAUUGCGUUAUAUCGGAAACACGCUGUGAAAUUAAUUUACAAAAUCUUCUUGACCACACAUCAUUACGAAUAUUUAAAAUCCCUGUAGUUGAUACUUAUGAUAUAAAUAAUAUGCAUAGUUUUGAAAUUUUUUACAAAUGGGGUUGUGACGGUAGUAAUGGCCAAUCACCUUAUAAGCAAAUGUAUGAAAAUGAUGUUUGCAGCAUGGACAGCGAUCUUUUUAUGUUUUCUAUUGUACCACUUGAGUUACGUUGUUUAAACGAAAAAAAUGAAACAUUUGUUCUAUGGAAAAACAACCGUACAUCAUCUACGCGUUAUUGCCGGCCAAUAAUGUUUGAUUUUAAAAAAGAAACGGUAGCAUCCACUUUACUUGAGGUAAACAUUAUUGAAGAACAAAUUAAGCAAUUCAAUUUUUCAACUGUACUUGUACAUGGUAUAGAAAUAGCAGUUGCACAUAAAUUAGUAUUUACGAUGGUUGAUGGAAAGGUAUAUAAUAAUAAUAAUAAACAAUAUGUGUAUAGGACAUUAUUUUUUUUAAAUUAA